AUGCCUCCCGCAGCGCCAACACCGCCUCUCAACUACACAACAUCACCCUCCCUCCUCCCCUAUACCCUCCGCUUCCACCCCUACAACAAUCCACCACCUACCUCCUCAUCCUCGUCGUCUCCUCCCCAAGAAGUCUUCCACACCCACCGCCUCUGCGUAGGCGCCGCAGUCCUCUCCCCCUUCCAAACCACCCCCAAGAUCCUCCUCCUCCAACGCUCCGCAAAAGAAUCCGCCCUCCCCCACAGAUGGGAACUCCCCGGCGGCGCAGCAGAAUCCCUCGACGCCAACUCCCUCGCCUCCGCCGCCCGCGAACUCUGGGAAGAAACCGGCCUCCGCGCGACGAAAUUCGUGGCGCUGGUGGGAUGUUACCAAUGGGAGGGUGCUGGCGCCGGUGAAAAAGCGGAGGCUGUGGCUGGGGACCAGGCGUGGGGGUUAUCGAGGGGUGGUGUUGGGAUUAUUGAGGUCGGACAACUGUCUGAUAAUGGUGGGAUUGCGGAGGAGAAGAAAAAGAAGGAGGAGGGGACGACUGCGGGAGAUGGAGGACGCGAUGCGUGGAGGAAGUAUACCUACCUCGUGGAAGUUGAGACCUCCGCGGAUGGGGGAGGGGAGGCGGAGGUUGAGAUUGACCCCGAGGAGCACGACGAUUUCGUCUGGGCUACGGAGGAGGAGGUGCGUGCUGAUCGAUGCGGGGAGAGAGUGUUUGAGUGGACUUCGGAGCAUCAGAAGCUGGAUGUCUUGAGGGCUUUUGAGAUUACGAGGGGGAAGAAGUAG